AACUACGUCACACGCGACCUGAAAAUGGCGGAGUAUCUGGCGUCCAUUUUCGGUACAGAAAAAGACAAGGUCAAUUGUUCGUUCUAUUUUAAAAUUGGAGCCUGCAGACAUGGAGAUCGCUGCUCAAGGUUGCAUAACAAACCAACCUUCAGUCAGACCAUCUUGAUCCAAAACAUCUACCGAAACCCCCAGAACAGUGCGCAGACAGCUGAUGCCUCACGCUGUGCCGUCAGUGAUGUGGAAAUGCAGGAGCAUUACGAUGAGUUCUUUGAGGAGGUGUUCACGGAGAUGGAGGAGAAAUAUGGUGAGGUGGAGGAGAUGAAUGUGUGUGAUAACUUGGGGGAUCAUCUUGUUGGCAAUGUCUACGUCAAGUUUCGUCGUGAGGAGGAUGCAGAGAAAGCUGUGAUAGACCUAAAUAACCGCUGGUUCAAUGCCCAACCCAUUCAUGCGGAGCUUUCUCCUGUCACUGAUUUCCGAGAAGCUUGCUGCCGCCAGUAUGAAAUGGGAGAGUGCACCCGAGGGGGCUUCUGUAACUUCAUGCAUUUGAAACCCAUAUCUCGAGAGCUUCGCAGAGAGUUGUACGGCCGCCGCAGGAAAAGGCACCGCUCCCGUUCCCGCUCCCGAGAGCGGCGCUCCCGCUCCAGGGAUCGUCGACGGGACCGAGAAAGACGGAGAUCGAGGGAUAGAGAACGUUCCGGAAGGUUCUGAGGACAUUCCACUUUUAAAUCUACCAAGUUGUCCCUCACAGUGAAGACCACGUGUUCCUUUGGAGAAUCAUCGAAAGAUUUUUUUUUUUCUUCCCUUUUUUUAAAUGAGUUUGUGUCAAUUUCUCAAUAAAACCAAUUUGUUACUCUGGA